GAGGAAGAGAGGAGCAGGGGGAAGGGUAACAUGCAGGCUGGAGAGGGAGAGAGCGAGUGGGUGAUUUGCAGAAAACACAAAGGGAGAGGCGUUGGAGGCAGACACAAAUUUACUGAGAGAGGGGGGAAGAGGUCAAGGUGGAGGCACCUCACAGACACAGAGAGAGUCUGAUAGUGAGGGAGCAGGAGGAGAUGAGAACAAAGACUGGCAGGAAAUCAAGGAAACACAGGCAGGGCAAGAUGACUCAAAACACAGCGGAGGCUGGGUAGACAGCACGCAAAUGAAUGUUGACACUCAAGUCAUGAAACAAACAGAGAAAGAAAGUAAUGAAGGUAAGGAGAUAGAGGAUGACGAAUACUUUGAAGAGCAGACAGGUGUCUCUCCUGUUGGACGUUCUCGUAGAGCUGCUAAUAGACACCCACAUUUCCCUCAGUAUAACUACCAGGUUCAGGUGGCAGAAAAUCAGCCUCCUGGUACAUCAGUUAUAUCAAUGUUAGCAGAGGACCCAGAUGCCGGAGAGGCAGGCAGACUCAGCUACAGCAUGGCCCCCUUAAUGAACAGCAGAUCCAUGGAUUACUUCCAUAUCGACCCAAUAACCGGCUUAAUCACAACCACACAUAUACUGGACAGAGAACACAUGGACUUGCAUUACUUCAGAGUGACAGCUACAGAUCAUGGCUCGCCACGUCUAUCUGGAACAACAAUGGUGGCUAUCACUGUUUCUGACCGAAACGAUCACUCCCCGAUUUUUGAACAAACUGAGUAUCGCGAAACGAUUCGAGAAAAUGUAGAAGAAGGAUAUCCAAUCUUGCAGCUGCGUGCAACUGAUCUUGACUCCCCAUCAAAUGCUAACAUCCGUUACCGGUUUGUUGGAGACAGUGUGGCUGCUGCACGCUCUGCCUUUGAAAUUGAUCCACGAUCAGGCCUGAUCACCACUCGAGGUAUUGUUGACAGAGAGGUGAAUGAACGCUACACCCUACAGGUGGAGGCGAGCGAUCAAGGACGGGAGCCAGGCCCACGGUCAGCCACUGUUAACGUUCACAUAACCGUUUUAGAUGAGAAUGAUAAUGUUCCGCAGUUCAGCCAGAAGCGCUAUGUGGUGGCAGUUCGAGAGGACGUGCGACCACAUUCAGAAAUCCUGCGCGUCAGUGCUUCUGAUGAGGAUAAAGAUGGAAAUGCUGCCGUGCACUACAAUAUCAUCAGUGGGAACAGCCGAGGGCAGUUUGCUAUUGAUAGCGUUACUGGAGAAAUUCAGGUGGUGGCACCACUGGACUACGAGACCGAACGGGAGUACACCUUACGACUGCGUGCUCAAGAUAAUGGCCGCCCACCUCUUUCUAACAACACGGGAAUAGUGAGUGUCCAAGUCACUGAUGUCAAUGACAAUCCACCAAUCUUUGUAUCUACACCAUUCCAGGCAACAGUACUUGAAAGUGCCCCUAUUGGCCACUCCAUACUGCACAUACAGGCCAUUGACACUGACAGUGGUGAUAACGCACGUCUGGAGUACAGGUUAACAGGAACUGGUACAGACACACCUUUUGUCAUUAACGCUGCUACUGGCUGGGUCACAGUGAGUUCAGAGCUUGACCGAGAGUCAGUGGAGCACUAUUUCUUUGGUGUUGAGGCCAGGGAUUAUGGUGCCCCACCUCUAUCUGCCACUGCAAGUGUUACUAUUACUGUGAUGGAUGUCAACGAUAACCGUCCAGAGUUCCUGCAGAAGGAGUACUUUGUUCGACUGAAUGAGGAUGCUGCAGUUGGAACGAGUGUUGUUAGCGUAACAGCAGUUGACCGUGAUGUGAACAGUGCUGUCACCUACCAGAUCACAGGCGGUAACACACGCAACCGUUUCGCAAUCAGCACAGCUGGUGGGUCUGGGCUUCUCUCCCUGGCACUGCCACUUGACUACAAACAAGAGCGACGCUACGUGCUAACGGUCACUGCCUCUGAUAGAACCCUUCAUGAUACCUGCCAGGUGCACGUGAACAUCACAGAUGCUAACACACACCGGCCUGUGUUCCAAAGCGCUCAUUAUUCUAUAAGUGUAAAUGAGGACAGGCCUCCCGGCAGCACCGUGGUGGUGAUCAGCGCUUCCGACGAGGAUGUAGGAGAGAAUGCGCGCAUCACAUACUUCCUGGAGGACAAUAUUCCGCAGUUCCGCAUUGAUCCCGCAACAGGCGCCAUCACACUCCAGGCUGAGCUGGACUAUGAGGACCAGAUGACGUACACUCUCGCCAUCACAGCUCGCGACAAUGGAAUUCCGCAGAAAUCUGACACAACCUAUGUGGAGGUCAACGUAAAUGACGUGAAUGACAAUGCCCCACAGUUCCUCAGUCCACGCUAUCAAGGUGGAGUCAGUGAAGAUGCCCCACCCUUCACCAGUGUUCUACAAAUCUCUGCCACUGAUCGUGACGCUCAUGCUAAUGGACGUGUGCAGUACACCUUCCAGAAUGGCGAGGAUGGAGAUGGUGAUUUCACAAUUGAGCCUACUUCUGGAAUAGUCCGCACAGUGCGUCGCCUGGACCGAGAAAGUGUUCCAUUCUAUGAGCUAACAGCGUUCGCUGUGGAUCGUGGUGUUCCACCUCAGCGCACGCCCGUGCACAUCCAGGUCAGCGUGAUGGACGUUAAUGACAAUGCUCCCGUGUUCCCUGCCGAUGACUUUGAGGUUCAAGUGAAAGAGAACAGUGCUGUUGGCUCUGUCGUCGCACAGAUCACUGCGACAGAUCCAGAUGAAGGCCCUAACGCUCAGAUCAUGUACCAAAUUGUGGAGGGUAACAUUCCUGAAAUCUUCCAAAUGGACAUCUUUUCUGGAGAGCUUACAUCUCUAAUCGACCUGGACUACGAGACACGCAAUGAGUAUGUUAUUGUGGUACAGGCCACGUCGGCGCCUCUCGUAAGCCGAGCCACAGUGCGAAUCCGGCUCGUUGAUCAAAAUGACAACAGGCCUGAGAUGCAGGACUUCCAGAUCAUUUUCAAUAACUUUGUGUCAAACCGUUCCAAUACAUUCCCAAGUGGAGUCAUUGGGCGUGUUCCAGCCCAUGACCCGGAUGUAACAGACCGUCUCUACUUCACCAUUGACCGAGGCAAUGAUCUUCACCUGCUGCUGCUGAAUCACACCAGCGGAGAGAUCCGACUCAGCCGCAAACUGGACAACAACCGCCCGCUGGUGGCCCCUAUGCUCAUCACUGUCACUGAUGGAGUUCACAGCAUCAGUGCGCAGUGUGUGUUGAGAGUGUUGAUCAUCACUGAGGACAUGCUGAGCAGCAGUGUGACCGUCCGGCUCCAGAACAUGUCCCAGGAGCACUUCCUGUCCCCGCUGCUCUCUCACUUCCUGGAGGGCGUGUCCUCGGUGCUAUCGGUUGCCCCUGACGACGUGUUUGUUUUUAACAUUCAGCCGGAUGCGGAGGCAGAGCGCGUGUUGAAUGUCAGUUUUUCGGCAGCGCUCCCGGGAGGACACUUCUUUCCCUCAGAGGCUUUGGAGGAGCAGCUCUACCUCAACAGACCCAGACUAAACAUGCUCGCUCAGAUGCAGGUGCUGCCGUUUGACGAUAACGUGUGUUUGCGCGAGCCUUGUCAGAACUACAUGAAGUGCAUCAGCGUCCUGCGCUUCAACAGCUCCGCCCCUUUUAUCUCCUCCCCCUCCAUGCUCUUCCGGCCGAUCCACCCAAUCGCGGGCCUGCGCUGCCGCUGCCCGCCCGGCUUCACUGGGGAUUACUGCGAGAUCGAGAUUAAUCUGUGCUACUCUAAUCCCUGCCUGAACGGAGGAGUGUGUGCACGCAGGGAGGGAGGGUACACCUGCAUCUGCAGAGAAGAUUACACAGGUGAGCGGUGUGAGUUUGACCGCCGGGCCGGACGCUGUGUGGCUGGCGUGUGUCGUAACGGAGGGACGUGUCGGGAGCUGUCUGGUGGUGGGUUCCGCUGUGAGUGCCCUGCGGGGGGCUAUGAGAGACCCUACUGCACUGUCACCACACGCUCAUUCCUCCCUAAAUCCUUUAUCAUGUUCAGGGGGCUGCGCCAGAGAUUCCACCUGUCCAUCUCUCUCUCGUUUGCCACUCUAGAGAACAGUGGGCUGCUAUUUUAUAAUGGACGGUUCAAUGAGAAACAUGACUUCCUAGCUUUGGAGAUACUAGAUGGACAAGUGGUGCUGAAGUACUCCACAGGUGAGUCCUCCACACAGGUGAGUCCAUACUUGCCCGGAGGAGUGAGUGAUGGGAACUGGCACACUGUCCACAUCCACUACUAUAACAAGCCUAAGCGGAGUGUUAGCGGGGAAGUUCAGGGUCCGUCUGAUGAGAAGAUGGCGGUGGUGAGUGUAGAUGACUGUGACACUGCCAUUGCGCUCAGGUUUGGAAUUCAGCUGGGAAACUACAGCUGUGCGGCUCAGGGCAAACAGAGCAGCAGCAAGAAAUCUUUGGAUCUAACUGGGCCGUUGUUUCUGGGUGGAGUGCCAAACGUUCCAGACAAUUUUCCGUUUGGAACGAGGGAGUUUAUUGGCUGUAUGAAGGACCUGCACAUCGACAACAGACCGGUGGACAUGGCAGGAUACGUAGCUAACAACGGCACUCUGCCAGGCUGCAGUGCUAAGCUGCCCUUCUGUAAGUCCAACCCCUGCCAAAAUGGAGGCACCUGCAGAGUCAGCUGGGAAACCUUCUCCUGUGACUGCCCUCUGGGCUUUGGUGGCAAGGACUGUAGCCACGUGAUGCCACACCCCCACCGUUUCCUCGGCAACAGUGCUCUGUGGUGGGAUCUGAAGAAUGAUGUCACCAUCAGCACGCCCUGGUAUCUGGGGCUGGUGUUCCGCACCCGGGCCAAAGAGGGCGUUCUGCUGCAGGCACAGGCUGAACAAUACACGCACUUGAUCUUUCAGUUGACGGCAGGUCAGCUUGUCUUUUCUGUGGCGCGACGGUCAGCACAGCCUGUGCGGUUGCGGCUGGACCAGGUGCAGGUGUGUGACGGCCGCUGGCAUGACCUGCAGCUGGAGCUCAGAGACAUCCGGAGUGGACGAGAGACGCGCUAUGUAGCUACUGUCAGACUGGACUUUGGACUGUACCAGGGGACAGUAAUAGUAGGCAAUGAAAUUCACGGGCUGAAGGUGAAGCAUCUUCAUGUGGGUGGCGUCUUGGGAGCCGGAGAGGUGCAGAGUGGAAUACGUGGCUGUAUACAGGGGGUGCGUUUGGGGGUGCGUCCUGAUUCCCCUGCCUUGCCCCGCCCCUCCAGAACCAUCAAAGUGGAGACUGGAUGUAAUGUUGGCAACCCAUGUAACUCCUCCCCCUGCCCCGCCCACAGCCGCUGCGCUGAUGAAUGGGAGCGGCACACCUGCAUUUGUGAGCCAGGUUUUUAUGGUAAAAGCUGUACGGAUGCGUGUCAGCUGAACCCGUGUGAGAAUGAAGCUCAGUGCCACAGAAAACCCAGCUCCUCCCAUGGCUACAUCUGUGACUGUGGAGAUAACCACUACGGACAGUACUGCCAACACAGGAGUGAACAGCAGUGUCCUCGUGGUUGGUGGGGUAAUCCUACAUGUGGACCAUGUCACUGUGAUAUCAGUAAAGGCUUUGACCCCGACUGCAACAAGACUACUGGGCAAUGCCACUGCAAGGAGUUCCAUUACCGUCGGCGGAGCAGUGACGUGUGCCUGCCGUGUGACUGCUACCCAGUGGGCUCCUUCUCGCGGUCGUGUGACCCAGAAAGCGGUCAGUGCCAGUGCAGGCCGGGCGUGAUUGGCCGACAGUGCAACAUGUGUGACAACCCAUUCGCUGAGGUCACACAGACAGGCUGUGAAGUAAUUUAUGAUGGCUGUCCCAAGACCAUCACAUUGGGGAUCUGGUGGCCCAGGACCAAGUUCAACCUGCCUGCUGUUGUACCCUGUCCUAAAGGAUCAGUAGGAGCUGCUAUUCGUCACUGUGAUGUAGACCGAGGCUGGCUGGAGCCUGAUUUGUAUAAUUGCACCUCUCCAGCUUUCGUUGAGCUGAACACAGCGCUGGAGGCUGUAGAAAGGAAUGAGACAGAGCUCAACACAAUCAUUGAGAAGAAGCUGGCUCAUCAGCUGCGUGACGUCACUGAGGCAACGCCCCGUCUCUAUGGCAACGACCUCCAGAUCGCUGAGAGACUGCUGUCCCGCCUCUUGACCUUUGAGAGCCUCCAGUCAGGUUUUGGAUUGACGGCCACACAGGAUGCACAUUUCACAGAAAACACGUUGCGGGCCUGCAGUGUGUUGUUGGGUCCGGCCAGUGCAGGGCUGUGGAGGGCUCAGAAUGCAGGCCAGAGCGGAGCGGCAGGCCUGGCGGACCUUUUAGAGCAAUAUUCCCGCACCCUUGCUCAGAACAUGAAACAAACCUACCUCAACCCUGUAGCGCUGGUGGCACCUAAUAUCGUGAUGACUGUGGACCGUGUGGAGAACCACACUCAUGUGCGGAGAAGGUUUCCUCGCUAUCACAGCACGCUGUUCCGAGGGCAGUUGCUUUGGGACAGUCACACACACGUGGUGCUGCCACCUAGUGUCCUAGUUCCACAGCGCAACAACCCUCCGCCUCCUCCUGCCCCGGUGAGUCUCCUGGCCAAUCAGACUCCAGAGGUGCCGGCAGCACGGCGGGCUGUGUGGCUGCCUGAUCCGCCCAUCACCAUUGUCAUCCUGCUCAUUUACCGCAGCCUGGGAGCCGCUCUACCUCCAAAAUACCACACCGAUCGCCGUGGGGUCAGGCUGCCGCGUCACCCCGUGCUGAACUCUCCUGUGGUGAGUGUGUCUGUAUAUAAUAAUCAGUCGUUUGUGGAGGGCUUCCUGGACUCACCCAUCCUGCUGGAGUUCCGCCUGCUGGAGACCAGCAACCGCAGCAAGCCUCUGUGCGUGCAGUGGAACCACACCAGCACUGUGUCUGUAGGAGGGUGCUGGACAGUGAGAGACUGCAGUGUCGUUUACAGGAACACGUCACAUGUGCGCUGUCAAUGCCAUAAACUUGGCACUUUUGGGGUUCUGAUGGACAGCUCACAAAGAGAGCAAUUAGAGGGUGACCUGGAGACCCUCGCCAUAGUAACCUACACUUCACUGUCGGUUUCCAUGGUGGCAUUGUUGCUAACGGUUACGGUGCUCUCCUGUCUGAGAGGACUGAAGUCAAACACGCGCAGCAUUCAUUCCAACAUGGCUGCUGCCACACUCCUCUCUCAGUUCACCUACCUGCUGGGCAUCAACCAGACUGAACAACAGUUUCUGUGCACAGUGGUGGCAAUCCUGCUGCAUUAUUUCUUCAUGUCAGCGUUUGCCUGGCUGUUCGUGGAGGCGCUGCACAUCUACCGCAUGCAGACUGAAGCACGAAACAUCAACUAUGGAGCCAUGAGGUUCUACUAUGCCAUCGGAUGGGGAGUGCCCGCCAUUAUUACAGGGCUGGCUGUGGGUCUGGACCCAGAGGGUUAUGGAAACCCUGAUUUCUGCUGGAUCUCUCUUUAUGAUAAACUCAUCUGGAGCUUCGCUGGACCUAUUGUCAUCGUCAUACUGAUGAAUGGGGGGAUGUUCAUGAUGGUACUGCGUAUGACCUGUAAUCUGUCUCAAAAGGAGACAAAGAAGCUGCCUGUAAUUGCUACUAUCCGCAGUGCCUUUCUUCUGCUGCUCUUGAGUGCAUGUGUCUGGUUCUUUGGGCUAAUGGCCGUCAAUAACAGCAUCUUGGCCUUCCACUACCUCUUUAUCGUCCUCUGCUGUAUACAGGGUUUGGCAGUGUUCUUGGUGUUCACUCUGUUGAACUCAGAAGUGCAGGAAGCCUGGAAAGCAGCCUGCACUGGGAAGAAGAGUCCCAGUGAAGAACCUGCCAGACCACCCCAGAUUACUGGCCAGAAUCCGUACAACAGUGCCUCCCUGCUGGAGCAGAGUGGAUUACACCGCAUCACACUGGGAACAUCCACCAUAUCAUCAGUCAGCAGUGCUCGGGAAAAUCUUCUAGCACGUCAGACUGCUGAGCAUACUUUGGGUCACACUGGCGCCACUGAUCUGGACGUGGCCAUGUUCCACCGCAACGGAGGUGAGGAUUCAGACUCUGACUCUGAUCUUUCUUUGGAAGAGGAGAGAAGUCUGUCUAUCCCCUCCUCUGAGAGUGAGGACAAUGUGCGUCUCCGGGGGCGCAUCCAGCGACGCUUCAAACGGACCAAUCACAGUGAGCGACUGCUCACGGAGCCCACCCACAACGGCACCAAAGAUCUGGAUGGGAAUGAUCUCCUCUCCUAUUGGCCAGCCUUGGAGGAGUGCGAGGUGCACUCUCUGCAAAAAUGGGGGUCAGAGCGCCGCCUAGGGGCUGAUUACAGCAAGGAUGCAGCAAACAACAACCAGACAGAUGCUGCGCUGACCAGUGGGGAUGAGAACGGACUGACACACACACACAGACAUCGCAAAGGGAUCCUCAAGAAUCGUCUCGGCUGCCCACCAGCUCUGCAGGGUUUGUCAUCGGUGGGCCGAGUUCCAAGCGAACUGUCCUGGUACCGCACAUCCACUCUGGGCCACCGGGGCGUUCCAGCAGCCUCUUAUGGCCGCAUGUACUCAGGCACGGGCUCGCUGUCCCAGCCGGCCUCGCGCUACUCCUCCAGGGAGCACCUGGACUCGUUGGCACGGAGGCAACGUUCGCGUGACAACCUCGACCUGCUGCCACGGCGACGUGAACUUGGCGCUGAGCACCUGGGUGGGUCCAGAGAGCGGCUAGGCCCCGCCCACAGCAUCCAUGCCUCUAGGGAGGAUCUAGCCGCAGGAAUGGGUGUGUCCGGGCUAGUGGGAGCCGAGGGUUCGUUAAGUGGGUCCAGGGUUCAGCUCAGCACCCUGACGAGGCGGCAGGCAUCGCGGGAACACCUCGGUGGAGCGCUGAUGAGCAGCAGGUCGCGGGAGCAGCUGGAGACUAACGGAGGUACCGCGUCGGCGCAGCCCUGCCGCGAGUGGCUCCGAACUCUGCCCCCACGACAGCUUUCACACCCCGAGCCACACCCCACAUCCUCUCCCCCUCCACCAAUAACAGAAGAGCCCCAAGAAGCCACGCCCCCAAGGCGCGGACGUCUAGACUCCGCUCCUCCAUGUAGGUACCCCACAACAGCCCCUGCAACAGCCCCUGGAGCGCCGCCCAGUCGACCUCCUUCCAGUGAACACCUGGACAUUCUUUCCUCUAUCCUAGCUUCCUUCAGCUCCUCUGUACUAACCCCGCCCCCUAACCCUGCCUCUGCAGCUGCUGGCCCCUCCCCUUCCCCACCUCCUCACUCCGCAACCUCUCAGAGCGUCUCUGAAGUGUCACCAGACUCUGAAGCCCACAGAAGUGACGGACAGUCCUGAUGACAUCCCCUCAGUCCCAUGAAGCAGUUCUGCUCAUGGGCACAGAGGAACAGCAGGAGACAAAGCAGAGCGAUGAAGCCUUCAGAUGCAUCUUGGGAUACUGGAGGACCUGAGAGUUUGACUAAUUGAGGAGACGGUGAGGUGGAAUCUCUGAUCACGUGGUUUCCAGUCCAGUUUUACGACAGCCUACCUAGACCAAGGAGAGCAUAAGGGGAAAAAAGGUGAUUUCCACCAGUAGUAUUGAAUUCAAACUCUACAGCGGAGACACUGGAGAACUGACACUGGGAGAGCUGGUCAGAGGAGGAAAGAAAACAUAGCCUGUACAUAACCUUUUUAUACAUUUUGUAUUUUUUUCAUUGGAGAUGAACACAAAAAAAAAAUCUCAAGUGAUGUUUUUAAAGAUUGUGUCCGGCAUAUGGGGUUGUUGAGUGAGUGGAUAUGUGUUUCAAUUGAGAAGAAUCCUAAGGCAUUCCCAAACCCUUUCCGAACCAUUCCCAAACCCUUUCCGAACCAUUCCCAAACCUAUUCCAAACUGAUUCUCAUUCUACAUGUUUCUUUUUUACUUAAAUCCCUCCCACUGACAGACUGAUGAACCAGGAGACUGUAUUGGGAUCAGAGGCUUGGAUUGGUUAAUUGAGGGCGUCGACAUCCCUGAUGUGUGGCUGGUGGGAAACGCCAGCAUUAGUGAUUGUAAAUGUAAAGUUUUUAAACUAAGAGAUGUGAUUUGACCGACAUGAUUGUCAAUCAAGGGAUUGUAAGGCAGCUGGUUUGACUGGGAGAUGAAGAUAGAGGCUUUCCUUUUAACUCAAUGCCCAUACAUACUCCAAAGUGUGGUUGUUGUAAAACACUGCCCAUCCUUUAGGACUCUAGAGGCUCGUUGUUUGCUUCCUUGUUUUUCAGUUCAGCCAAUUCAGAGGAUUGAAAAUGAAUGUUCAGUAAUUAAAUUCAGACAAGUAUUAAACUGAAAUAGGGAUCACCGGUAUAUCGGAAUACCCUAAGAUAAAUGAAAUAGCAUAAAACAAUUAUUGUAAACUAACCAAAAACAUUCUUUUACUUCUACAUCAGUGGAGAACCAUGCCUAUUAGAACUAAGCCUUAAGUUUGGGGAAAAAACAACUCUACAAAAAUGCUAAUUUUUGCUAGAACCCUUAGUAGUAUUUUAGUAGUAUGAUAGCAGUUACAUACUGCUUGACAUACUGCUCUGGCAAAAUAUUCCAGUUUGCAGCCAGAGCUGUCUCUGUGAUAUACUGCAUCCCAAAAGGCAACAUGGCCGUUUCAGGAGGACAUAACAGACAUAGCUGCCUGGAUAUUUUUAAUAGCCCUGUAUUCAGCCUUUCUAUACAUUAAUAACAGUACAGUGAAAGAAACUUGUCCAAAUGCUGCUGCACAUAAACAGUUUUCUCUGCUGGUCUUGUGGUGGGUUUGCUUACUUCAUCUCUUUAAUGCAGUUGCAUUACUUACAUAACAUGGUUAAAACAGUAAUUUACUAACUAUACUUGGUCUUGGCCAAACAAUCCGCUCAGUAUCUGCUUUUCAGGCACAUGUAUGGAGUCACACUGCAUAUUAUUCAGUCAAACUAGCUCAUAUUAGUAACUACAAGCGUAAUGAAAAUGAAAUGACUCGCCAACGGGGGAAAACAGUGGGGUUUGUAAACCACACAGAUUUACCACAGAGAUGAAGCCAAAGCUGACAUUUUUAAAGUUUAUUUUUGGCUUUGCAGAUAAGUAAAAACAUCAUCCCAUCCUCUAUCAUGGUAUGGGGUGUAUUUUAAAAGUCGCAUAUCUUGACUAAAAUAUAACCGGACGCACUGAAAAGCAGCUAGCAAUGGUUGCUAAACAGUUAUUGGAGGGCUGGUCAGGUUUUGAGAUGGUUCUGAUUGGCUCAGUCCUGGAUGUUGGCAGGCUAGUCGUGGCCCUGUCCUGUACUACAUGGCUUUAGUUGUAUACUGGAUACUAUGAAGUAUCCUACUGCCGAAGAGCAAUAUGCAGUAUACAGUACACAGUGUGCUAUUUCGAACACUGUUCCUAUUUACAGUGACGUAUCUAGGACUUCCUGAAGGCCUAGAGCAGGGUGUUCAAUCUUGUCCACAAAAGGCCGGCGUGGUUGCAGGUUUUCAUUCCAACAACACUGGAGCACACAUGAUCAUUUGUUAAAAACUGAGACUAAGCAAUUAAACAAGUAGAAUCUGGUGUGCUCCAGCUUAUUUGGAGUGAAAACCUGCAACCACACCGGACCUUUGUGGAUA